UUUAGUAACGUGUUAAGCGAGCGACUGUGUUUACUGUUCAAUUCAAACAUCGUUCAGACUUCAUACGGAUCGCACGUAUUCUCCCUCGUCUAUAUUAACCCGCGUGUCUCCGCGAGUUUAACGCUUAUUAUUGUGUUUGUGUGUUUGUGAUUUUAAUUUUUUUUUUUUAAACAUGGCAGUGCCCUUUAAUAUGCCAGAAGACCAGAACGAGGUUGAAGUUCUACUGUUGCAACUUCAAACUUUGAUCAACAAGUUACAAGUGGCCGUACGUAGAAAUCAACAGCAAAGUUCUAACAGCGUCGCGAAUAAUAAUUCGAGAGUUCGAUCCACCUCAAGAGCGAGAUCUCGGGACUCUCCCUCAACCUCGAGUAAUGAUGUCCCAGUUAACUCACCGAUGUUCCCUGAUCUCUUAACUCACUUGUCUAUGAUGGCUGGAUCGUCAACUGAUUCCACGUCAUCUCCAUUGACUGCCAUCUCAGUUCGACCUCCAAGACAAAGAACUUCUUCGACAUCAUCUAAUAAUGACGAAACUAAGAUCUCGAUAACUGCUAUUGUGAAACAUGAUUUUUAUGCCCAUGACUGUAAUAAGAUUGAAAGUUUGGAUUCUUCGGCUGAACCAACAACCCUGUCGACCAGUGAGGGUAUUUUCUCAAAAUUAACCCCGGCCUCAGUGUCCUCUUGCUCCCUUAUGACGGCCAUGAUAUGCUUCGUGGGAUGGCAUAUAUUUCGAGCACGGUAAACCCUACUGACCAUCGUAAAACUUCGAAGCUUCGAUAAAAUUUCGCCCAAAGCUUAAGUGAUGAAAAAAAUUAAUGAUAUAGUUAAGGAUUUUUUUUUGCUUUAUGUUUGUUUUCCAUUAUUAUACUUUCGGUAUGUUUUCUUCUAUAUAGAUUCCUGGAUAUACUGAGUGUUAGGUUAAUGUUAGGGGUUUAUUUUAAAUAAAUAUUUUUGCGAGCAAAUAAGGAAAUCUUGUGAUUAGGUGUGACGUAGCGCACCGGUUGUUACGUAAUAUGUAAAAAAAAUUAUAUUAAAAUACUUUUUAGGCUGAUUUUAUAUAAUUAUAAUUAUUAUUACCCAAGUGUACGCAGGUCAUUUGUAGUGGUUUCCCAAAGAGAAAGAAAAGUAAAUCAAAGGUUUUUGAUCUCAUUCAGCCAAGUAGAUUUUUUUGGUCUACACUCAGGAAGUUUUAUAUAUACUUUUAUUUAGUUGACAAAAAUUUCCGUUUUGUUGUUGUAAUUAUAUGUAACUAUAUGUAAAUAGGUUUUUAUUAAAACAAUUUUUCCUUUAUAAAUUUUUAAGAGCAAGCAGAGCCAAAGACAAACAGUUUAAGAGAAAAAUUACUAAUCACUUGCUGCUUACUGCUAUGAGUCUCACUAACGAUUUUUUUUUUGUGUAUAAAAAAGGGGCACCAAAGCCCCUAUGAAAAGGUUUUCAAAUGAUCUCCGUAGUUAGAUUGUAGGUGCGGCCAGGAAAAAAUCUGUUACAGCUAGCACCUAUACAGGAUAAUUUAAAAUCUUUUUUUUUCAUACUCGUGUUUGUAUAUUUUGGAUAGUAUGUAUAAAUUUUCUUUUUGAGGACGGGAUUUCAUAUAUAUUUUUUUUAAAUACAAGGAGUUUCAUCCAUUUACGUCUGUAUUGUUUUAUGGAGAUUUUUAAAAAUUUACAGGGGUGAAACACUUUGUAUUAAUACAUAAAGUCUGUUCGCAAAUUGUUUACGUAAUGGCGCUUAAUAUUUUAAAUUGUCCUGUUCCUUAUUGUACAUAAUAAAGGUAAUGUCUUGAAAAGCAAGAUUUAUCCUGAACCAUGCAUGUUGAAAAAAAAGCUUCUUUUGUUUUAAAUUAAGUGGUACUUUGUAACAUAUAUACAUAAAUGCCGAUAUUUUUUGAAAUAAAGCAAUUACAUAUAUAUUUUUAAGUUUAGUUCAUAAGUUAAUCAAGUGGCUUCUAUAAGGGGGCCGCCACUAGAAUUAGCUCUUCAAAGCACCUCUGUGAUUAAGCCUGUAUAUGGCGUAUAUAUACGUGUAAAAGAUAAUCCUGAAUGAAUUUAGGACUUUUACAUUUACUCCUGUUUUCAUUGAUCUCCAUGCAUUUUUUUUUAGUAAGUUUGUGCCCUAGUCAGUACAGUCGUUUUCAUAGCCAUGGCUAGGUUGUCUUUAUUUCUGUAUGUCUUAGUUUAAACUAGUAGUGUGUUAUUUGUUUAUUGAUUUUAUUAUUACUAUUAUCAUUAUUAUUAUAUAUAUGUAUAUGUAUUUUUGCCAAUUGCCAUAUGACUUGAUUGCUACUAAAAUAGUAUAUAAAUGUAGAUAAUACAGUAAACGCGAGACAAGGUUUUGUUUUCCGGUUUCAGCCCAUUAGCAUUGAAAAAUAUAUUUCCUACUAUAGUAGUUCUUGUGCUUUAUUUUUAUUUAAAUGAUGUAACUGCCGCCUUUUUUCAACAUAACCUUAAAUGCUGAUGGGCCACACUAUAAUACACUCGUUCGUCCUGCUAUACCAAACAAAAUCAGACUUAAAAAGAUCUGAUUUUGGAAAUAAUUUCAAUUUUACCUGAAUCGGACCAACCCACUUUAAAAUAAAACAAAAAACGAACAUUUGGGCCUGUGAUAAUGAAAGCUCAAAUGGAACGGAUGCUUUUGAUAAAUUGUAAUCAGUUUUAAAAGCUUGGUUAUUUUUAAUAAUAUUAAUAAUAAAUGUCAAUGUUUUAUAUAUAUUUAUAUAUAUAUAUAUUCGAUACAUAUAUCUAUAUUAUACUAUAUUUUUGUGAUGUACGAAAAGGAUACUGUAUGUUUUUUUGUUUGUUUUAGUUUUAAGUUUUUACUGCUCUUGUGGUGUCAUUAUUUGUGCUGGCUAUGGCCUUGGGGCCAUAGAGACACAUCUCUACCUAUGUCUUUCACAGUAUAACUUUUUUACUUUUAUAAACCUAGUUGAUUUGAAAUAUAUGUAAACAUGCCGAAAGAUA